GGUGGGAUGUGCUCUCUGAGAGGUUUGGGGGGGAAUAUUUGUGGAUCCAGAAAGACCAUGUGGGCGAACACUAGCAGUGCGCACACAGCUGUACGCCGCGCCAGCAGCGUGUGAGCCGGGACUAGGGGGGCUGUUCGGUAGAUGAUUUUAUUUGUUGAAAGUUGCUGGCAUCACCCGAAGCCAUUAGUGGGAGUGAGCUGGAGCAGAGCCAUCACCCUGGCCAGCACAGCGGCGUGGGCACGGCAGGGGCAGUCCAUGCAGGGAAGUGUCUGCUUAGAGGGCUGGGAUGGGGAAAUAAAUCUCAGUUGCUGCUCCUUUGACCUUGGGAAUAUCAUCUGAUCUCCUGGUCUUUGGUGCUGGAGCAGAAGGUUCCAGCUCAAUCGGUAACAACCAUCCUUGCAAACCCAGCACAGGCAAAAAGGGCAGAUUUUGAGCAGCCUGGAGCAAAAAGGCUGGUGCGUGGUGAAGAAGGAGAGGGAAGCUGGGGGUCAGCCUGGGGGGUUCGCUGGGCAGGCUGUGGGUUCGGCAGGAAAAUACGGCGCUGCCUAUGCAGCAUUUCCUUCACUCUUAUGCUGCCGUGAAAGGAUUUUUGAUCAAGCUUAAAAAGAACUUGGAUAAGAAAUGCAACAUGGGAAGUGCUAGGGAAAAGGGAAAUAUCUCAGAAAAAUGAUGGAAGUCAAGUUUAAGAGAAAAACCCCAAGUAAUCCCACUCGUAAAAUCAGUGGUGAGCAUUACAGUGUGUGGCAGUCACACAUUGUUUCUUCUGAUUAUUUUUCAGCUGCUCCUUGUGUCUGAUGACAAGCAAAAAAUUAAUAGGUUUAUGAUUGCUGUGGCUCAAUGUAGGUUUAAAUAACUCAUAACCAGCCUUUUUAAUUAUUUAAUUUUUUUUUAGUAAGAAACCACCUCUCUGGAGAGCCUGUGAGCCCAGUGUGCUUGACUGAGUCGAUGCUGCUGUGUCUAUCGGGCUGUAAUGGCAGUGCUGCGCGCGGGGCUGGCCGUGCAGCACGCUGUUAGCAGCCGAGGGGAAGCUUUCAAGUCCAGUAUUGAUCCUUUUGAAGUUUAUGGCUGCUCGUAGUGGCAGUUACUAGUGCUUGUUCAAACUGCCAUGAGAUGGACUGCUUCAUUUCUUAAUAUCAGCCUUAACCUCCUCCGCAUCAAAAAGAUUUAUUUCUGUACUUAAUUUUUCCAAUACAUAAUUUCUCUCCCAGAAAUCUAGCUGACAUUUCUAUAUGGCACUAAUGCAGCUCUGUAAAGCUGCCAUAUAUAUUUCUGUCUUCCCGUGUACCACGGGAGGUGGCGGGUGCCAGCAGCCCAGGACAGGGCUCCUGGGAAUCCUACAGACCAGCUCCAGCCCACAUCCCCUUGGACCAUUUCCUUCCCAGUGUACCCAGCAGGAGAUGCUGCUUUUCCCUGGAGCCAUCCCUGCUCCCCUUUGGCUGUUACAUGGAAGCAGAGCCGUCUGGUGUUUCUCUUCUGCCUGCGGUACACCUUUUCCAGGCUUCAGGAGGGACUGUUGCUUCCCAAGAGGUAAUUCCAAACCCAAAACUAUCUUUCCCAGUCGCCCAGUUUUCCAGGUCAGGUUUGUGGAUCUGCUUCUCCUGCGUCCCCAGAUGGAGCAGCAGGCUCUGCCCAAACCACCUCCUCUUCCUCUCUGCUGAGCUGCAUACGCCCAGCUGUGACUAAAGCCACCUCCCACUGGUAGAACCCUCCCUGCAAACCGACAGAGCAUCGGUUCGAGGCAGCUGGAUGCAGCUGCACCUUGCACUCGCUGUUCUAGGACCAGAGCAUUUGCACCCGUACGCUCGGUGGGAACCGCUAUGCCAUUUUGCCACCACCUUUCCGUUCCAUUGGGGUUAUUAAAGGCCAGAUUCGGCUUUUCUGGGUUUGCCCAGGAGGGAGCCAAGGUGCUGUUGCACUGUCUGAAGGAGGGUGAUGAUGCGGCGGUGGCCUCGUCCAGCUCCCCCGGCGUGGUCCUGCCUGCCCGAGUGAUGCCAGUGCUGAGAAGUUUAGCUCUGAAAGAGCCACUCUCCUUGACCUAUUUAUUUUGCCCACAUUUGUGGCCUGCAUUGUGUCCGGAGGAAGAGACUCUGCUGCCUGGAGGCCCUUUAUUUUUAGCCAGCCCAAUUUUCUUGUCUCAGCUUAGUGGGAGCUGGUCCUUUCAGCUCAGCUCCAUCACAGCUCACUCUCUCCUGCGUUUGCCGACUUACCCAAUUCCCUGAUGCUCUUUGUAUGGAUCGCUCACUCAGUGGGUUCCCCACCCCCCUUCCACCAGGCAUUGUUCUUUCUUUACCUUCUGCCCAGCCUCUCCCACUGCCCCAGGUCCACAGCUUAACCUCUGCUUUCCCCCUGCCCUUGGCUUGCAGCAGGGACCAUGCUUUCACAAGCACAGAGGCAGGUCGCCAGGCUUGUCCUGGAUCCCAGCAUCCCUCCACAAACAAAAUCUUCCCUCCCGUCUGCUCCAAUAGCUUUGGCAGUGCUUCCCCUCCUCACAAAUGUCAGGAAAUUGGAAAUGAUGCUCUAGCCACAUAAAAAUCAAUAGCUGCCUCCUUGGCCUGGCUUGGCCCUGCUCUUUCCACCUUUACCCAGGGCAGGAGGGAGCUUUGUUUUCUCCUGAACUCGGAGCCGUGAUUUAUUGACGUGACCCAUCCUGUCUGGGCAGCUGACCAGCAAUAUAUUUAUUUUUCUUAGCCCAUCCAUGUAGCCCAGAGUGGUGGCUUGUGCUGGGGGUUAGGUCACGGAGAGGUGGGCUCAGAAAUCUGGACCAGGAUAAUAUUUUGUUUUUGUGACCAUGGAGCAAUAGGUAAGGACUUCUCUCACACCUAGACCUGCGUGAACUGCAUUAGGAACAACGCCAAUAUUCAUCUCAUGUUCUGAAGGGGUCAGUCCCAGCAAGGGCCAUGUGCUGUUUCUAUCAGAAGCUAUGGCUCCAAGACAAAAAGAAAUUCAUUAUGAGGACUGCAGAUUACAUUGCAGACUGCCUUUAUUAUUCCCUGGACUACUACCAGAAGGCACAGUGUGAUUGAAGGAGCCGGAACAGUUCUAAGGUCCUAUUUCUUGGAAAUCUUUGGGGCUAGAUUCAUUUAAUUUAAAAUACAGCUACUGUUGGAAACCAAACAGCAUCACCUUUUCAGCUGUAAGAAGCAUAACACAAUCGGUAAAGGUUACCGGGGACUAAAGCCUUGCUGAAAAUCAAGCCAGCUCCUGUUUGUGUCCUUGAAAAAUCUUUCUCUUGGGAGCCCGGCUAAUUGUCCAGGCAUUGGACAUGGGGGAAGGUCUGUUCUGAGUGGCUGCUCCGCACCAUCCCUGCCUCCUGUUCCCCAUCACAUCGGGCUCGAUUUUAUGUGCCAGCAAGGCAGUAAUAGGUAUCACUGUCUAUUGCAUCCGUGAUUACAUGGAAAUUGAAGUGUGAGAGAGAAAAGAAAUGAGGCAAUUGAGAGGCAUGACUGACGCCUGACCCCUCUCCCUGCUGCUAGCAUCACCCCAAUGACCAAUAUAAAUGAUGCCAAAUAGGUAUAUUUUCCAGUGCCUGGUAUUGAUGGACAACAAAUCACAGGAAAUACUCGGCGAUUUCCCCCUGAGUGGCUUUAUCUGGACCUUCACGUACUCCCUACUUUGAUUUUUGGCUCCUUAUUAGCGAAAAAUAUGCAGGGAGGAUGGUUGUUGAUGAUACAUGAGCCAAGAAUAGAUUCCAGCUCCUCAUACCAUUUUGGCACCAAAAUGCCAAGAGGGAUGAGACACCCUGUAGUAAACACUGCUCAUUUUGUGGCAGCAACUAGAAAAUAGGGCUCUGACUGAGUUAGGGAGAAGAAUGGAUGAGCCAGAGGAUCUGUGCUUUGCCUGGUCAUAUUGUUGGAUCAAAUGGGACCUGUAACGAGAUGGGAAAUGGUGUAUUCCCAUCCAGUGAAGGGGUAAAGCGGUGUCCUAACAUCUACAGCUCUGUGCCGGUCGCUCCUGUUGACAGGAAGGUUGUCCUCAGGCCACCAAGGUGCAGGGCUACCUCUGCAGGACGUGCUUCUCUGCCCCGUAGCUACCAGUUUCUUCUUUAGCUGCUGCCUCCUAAUUCCACAGGAAAAAGCAAAGCUGAGCAUCUCCUCUGCGCAUCUUGCUCCUCGCACCCCUGGCAGGGAGGUUUUCCUCCUGGGAAAUGUCCCGAUUUUCUUGAGCUGAGGGAAACAUUAAAUAAGGGCAUUAAAAAUGAGGCUCGUUAGCAGAGCCAAAGGUGGAAAGCUUGCAGUAGCAUGAGCUGGAGCAUUUGCUUGGGCUGUCUGUAAGCAACAGCACGCCCCGUAGGUUGGUACCUUCUGGGAAAUGUCUCGGUGUGAACAUAGGAAGAGCCAAAUCCUUAACUUCAUAUGGAAGAGAAUUGUCAGAGCUGUUGCAGUGUGAGGGUGCAAGUACAUCUGCUUCCUACCAAGAUGUACUUGGCUGCUUUGGACUCAGGGUGGGACAUGGUAAUAAAAGUCUCUCUCUCCCUUUCUCUCUUUCACUGAAACUCCUGCAGCAGCAUUCCCUGCUUUUCUCUCUUACUGCUGCCCAGAGCAGCGAGCUGGAGGUACAGGCAGGCCUUGGGUGUUGCCUCUGUGCAGUAAAUGCAGUUAUUUGGACUCCACAGUAACCGCAAGUUUCCUUCACAUCAGUCUGGUAUGAAAUUUGCUGCAGGAUCAGCCCAGGGCCGGGCUGCCAGGGAGCUUGGUGCCGUGCGUUUGCCAUGGAUGUGCCAGGGACGGACACUGCAAGAGCACGGAGUUCCCUGGGAGCUCGGCAGCAGGACAUAACGAUCAGCAUCGUCUGCACCUAUUAAUCAUGAGGGAACUAUGGCAGAGCGUUAUCUUCGGAGGCUUUCCAGUGUAAAAGUGCAAGCUGUGAGGACUUUUGGCAUCUCUGAGAGUCACUGCAAGCAAGCAAGCAUUAAUAUAUUUGCAUCAGAGGUGCAAGGAAUGAAGCCCCCCCGCGAGGCUGCUCACCCACCCAGAUGUGUGGGAACAGCCAGGCUUGGUCUCCCGGCCCAGGCAGGAGCCACAUCUCCAGAUCCAGUCGCUAAAACCCACCACCUUCGCUGCAGGGAUACAGCAAGGAGACGUCUCUGCCACCUGCCAUGACAGCACAUGCCGGCCGUGAGUGCAGGCGUGGUGGGGCUCUUCCAAAGCUGGCACCUGGGGAGAUGCACGACGCACCUGCCCCGGCGCCAUUGCCUACCCACUGUUAUUUUGGGAACUGGUGUUCCAAGUGCAGCGUGUGGCUGGGAGGAUUCUGCCCUCCUUCCCGAGCUUGCUCUGCCCCCAGCCCUCUUCCGUUUGUCGCCCCUCGAACCUUCCCGCAGUGUGAAUGGGGCCCGUGUCAUUUUGAAGACAGCCCGAGGAAGAUGCAUCCUGCUGCUACUGUGUUAAAUUUGGUAGCUUUUGUUGUCUAGCUGGAUUUAGUCUUUUUUACCUUAUUGUUUGCACUGCUAACAACAGCAAAUUGUGCCUUGGAAAAUAUACAUGACAUGGCACUUAUCCGUGAUUCAUACUGCCUUUAUGAAAGCAGUCAAUAGUGCUAUCUGCCUUGUUCCCACUCCCCAGAAGACUGUCUCUUGUGUGUAUCUUUUCCUUCUUGCUCUUAUUCCUCUAAUCUUUCAUUUCUGUGGCUUUUUUCCUCCUCAUAUUAAUUGCACUUUUUCUCCGCUGCGCCAAGAACUCUUCUUUCUGGUGACAUUUUAUCACUCUGCAGGGCACCAUGAGAACUGCUAAAUUCCACAAAUUAGCAAAAAAAGAAGAGAAGGAAAGGGGGAAAAAAUAUUCUAUCCAUAAGCGACAUGGGGACAAGGGAAGAUUUUUUGCCUCCUCCUCUCAUGUUUGCCCAGGGCCUGACCGCAGCUCCCUGCCCCCACCUGGAACAAGCUGGGUUUGGAGCGGUUCAGUCUGUGCGUUCAGCCGAUACCGGCACCACCAGCUCUGACCCAGCAAGUGCAAUAACAAGCAAAAAAAAGGCAAACUAUUGCAUCGUGCUGCUCUGCUUGGAGGCGUUUGGUGAUGCCAUUCAGCGUGCAGAAGUGUAGCGUGAUUUUUGCAAAAUUGGGAUCUUGAUCCCCCAAUGACUCGACGUAUAGAAGCAAUUAAGGGCAGAGGGCAAAGCUUUGACACAUCCAUUCCCCUGUGAAGCGGUAGACGUGCCGACGGCCGCAUCCCCUCCGCUGGCAGCCGUGCCCCCCGCCUCGGCCCCCCGCGCUGCCGGGAAUGAGCGCCUGCGGCAGGAGGGCGCUGACCCUGCUCAGCAGCGUGUUCGCCGUCUGCGGCCUCGGCCUCUUGGGCAUCUCCGUCAGCACCGACUACUGGCUCUACCUGGAGGAGGGCAUCGUCCAGCCCCAGAACCAGACGGCGGAGAUCAAACUGUCGCUGCACUCGGGGCUCUGGAGGGUCUGCUUUCUGGCAGGUGAAGAGCGUGGCCGGUGCUUCACUAUCGAAUACGUCAUGCCCAUGAACAUCCAGCUGACGUCUGAAUCCACAGUCAAUGUCCUCAAGAUGAUCCGCUCUGCCACCCCCUUCCCUCUGGUCAGCCUUUUCUUCAUGUUCAUCGGCUUCAUCCUGAGCAACAUUGGCCACAUUCGGCCUCACAGGACCAUCCUCGCCUUCGUCUCGGGGAUAUUCUUCAUCCUGUCAGGUCUGUCCUUGGUGGUGGGGCUGGUGCUCUACAUAUCCAGCAUUAACGAUGAGAUGCUGAACAGGACCAAGGACUCGGAAACGUUCUUCAAUUACAAAUACGGAUGGUCAUUUGCCUUCUCUGCCAUCUCGUUCCUUCUGACGGAGAGCGCCGGGGUGAUGUCUGUUUACCUGUUCAUGAAGCGGUACACGGCCGAGGACAUCUACCGACCUCACCCCGGCUUCUACCGGCCCCGUCUGAGCAACUGCUCGGACUACUCGGGGCAGUUCCUGCACCCGGACGCGUGGGCGCGGGGACGCAGCCCUUCGGAUAUCUCCAGCGAGGCGUCCCUGCAGAUGAACAGUAACUACCCGGCCCUGCUCAAGUGCCCCGACUACGACCAGAUGUCCUCGUCCCCCUGUUGAGCCCUGCCACCCCCGUGCCCAGGGUGGCCACAUCCUCACUACGUUUGUCGGGGGUUUUUUUGUUUUUGUUUUUUUUUUUUUAGGCCACUCUUUCAGGGCAAUAGGACAUAAAAAUAACCAGAGAAAUUGGUUAUAUAACCAGUAAUGUAACCUAAAGAAUUGGGAUAUUUUCCUUUCUUGGUUUUAGGGUUGUUUUUUUUAUUCUUCCCUGCAUAACUAAAAAUCUCUCCAAAGUCCUCUUAUUUCAGCUCAUCCCGCUGAGCAAGCAGCAGUUCCGCCUGGGGGAUAAAUCCAGGGCUGGACUCGAUAGCAGAAAAAAGAAAAUAGAGUAGAACUAAGGAAAAAAAAAAAGUUUACUUUUUGGUUUAGGUAGGCUGCAAAAGUUUGUGCAUUUGACUGUCAUUUCAUUAUAGAUUUACUGGCAGAUUCACUGGCCUCAGCGCAAGCAGGCAUAGAAGAUUUCCAAGAAAUAACCAUCAUUAGAAAAACAUAAUUUUUUUCUUGAUUCAGUAUUUGGUGAUUGAUAUCUCUCACUGCUGGAUUUCACUUUUAACCAGGCUGUAAUGGGAAAUAGCCAUCUUUCUCAACUGUACCUCAGCCGGUCUCCCUAUGGCCACUGGCGAACUGUUGUUAAACAUCCCGCGGUAGGAUGGAGGUGCUACAGCCCUGGGGUGUACGGGCUCUUGAGGGGGCUCAGGCACCUCCUUUUCCUCCGUCACCCCAUAGACUGGAGGUCUGAGGAGCAACUGGGAGAAUUUCAGUGCAGCGUUGAGUGGAAAACUACCUAAAACCUUCCCAUAGGAAACAUUAGGUGCAGGAUUUAGGGGAAAUUAUAGCCGGAAUUGCAAGUUAUUUCAGUGAAAGGCAAGAUCCCAAACCGAUGUAAAGCGAUGUAGCACUGUAGCGAGUCCACUGUAGCAAAGUCGUUGGCUUACAUUUCAUUUUGGCAAGAAAAUGCUAUUUUAGCUGCUUUUUCUGUGCAUGUAUAAAUCUUAUUUUGAGAUUUUUAAGUUUUGAAAUUUCAUAUGAUGCCUUGGCAUUUUGGUCUUAGACAGAUGCUGGGGUGAAAGCAUCACUCUGAUUGACAACGGAGGGCAGGGAAGGAAAAGGCAGUGCUCCCUUGUGCACCCCUGUGCAAGCCACCAGCUUGUCACCUCGCAGGAGGAAGAGCUUUGUCCAAACUUUAUUUCUAUUCUUGUUAUUUUACACCUUUCUGAAGACUACCUUUCUGCAAAACAAAACCCUGUAGGGAUCCUUGGUAUAGUUUAGCUUGUUUUGUCUUACUGUAAUUAAAAGAAAUCCAAUAUAAGCACUUUUAAACUCA